AUGGACUCUCCCCCUCCUCCUCACAGUUACUACUCAAUCUCUUCUGACCACUCCCCUACCCAAUCAUUUGAUGAGGACGGUGAUUCGUUCACCUCCUUUGGCUCCAUUCGAACUCCUCCCCGUUUGAGAGAGAUGAUCCGUUCAAUCUUCGACGGUACUCUCAACUCGCCCAUCCGUUCCUUUCCAGAUUCUGAUUACGACGAUGCCGGCUCUCCUCUCGAAAGAGUGACCGAUCACCUCCCCGCGGCGAUCGUCGCGGAAGGUCUUAACGAAGGCGAAACCUUUGGCGAUCGUCGAGCUCACUUAUUAGCUUUGAUCACCCCUCCGACGUCCGAUGGAGCACCUAUGAUGUACUCGUCUGAUCAAGAUGGCGAGUACGAACUUGACGAUUCGACCACGGCGUCUAACCAAGACGUUGAACCUGACCAUCCACCCGUUAUCGUUGGAUCAGACGAUCCAAACGGCUUCCGCUAUCUUCCUGCUACUACGAAUGGCGAAACCUUUGGGGACCGCCGCGACCGUCUGCUGGCCGCGCUUGCACCCUCAAUCCCUGGUGGCACCUCUGCUGCGUACUCGUCCGUCCAAGACGAAGAGUAUGAGCUCGACGACUCUAUCGCCGCCGCUACCGCAGGUGUUGAUCCCGACUAUCAACCUUUAGAUGUUGCAGAGGCUGUCGGGUCCCCUGACCCGAAUGAAAGCACGGUAUUCCUCAUAGACCCUAGCUUACAGGUCCCAUCCAACACCGAUGACCGAGAUGAUAUAGACUCUGUCUUUUCCUUGCUUGAUCCCGAUGAGGAUCCAAAGGAUACUACUUAUGUCCCCCCUAAGAAGAGCAAAAAGGCCUACUCCGGUAAAACCCGCUUUUCUGGAUCCUUUUUAGCCAAGCAAAAUCCUGCCUUUGUUCGCCCAAGAGACUCGAAAGGUCGUUUUGUAUCCCUCCGAUCUAAAAAUUUAGGCAAGCUGAAGGCUGCUAGCGUCGAUGACCAGCCCCCCCAGUCAUCGUCAUCUUCCACUUCUCUUCCCCGAGCUGUGGUGGAUUCCGGUCAUCCUCACCUAACCGAAACGGCCCUGAACACUUUCCUCAAUACCGUAUUAAUGUCCCCCGAUGAAGCUUUUCCUUUAUCUUUUCAUCUUCCUGACCCGUUUGCGGCUCACUUCUCUCUUGCUGGCCCUUCCGUUUUGGGGACUAAUCCCUUCAUUCCUCCUACCCCGUUUAUACAUAUGCGUCCUGAUGAUCCUCGUCUUCAAUUCCGAACCUCUUUUGUUGAUCUCCUCCGGGUCAUUGUGCCCUUCCUUUCCAACUUCACCCCUUCCCCUGAUAAUCAUGAAAACUUUAAGUUACUUAACCAUGCAGUGGUUGCUGCACAAGACUGGUACAUCCGGUCACAUCACUUAUACCCUGAUGUGGCAGACCAUCAGUUACAGUUUGAUCAGUACUAG